CAGGAAGGAGGAGGCAGCCAGAGUGUUCUCUGCAGCAGAAGACCCCCUGCUGCCAGGUAAAACUGCUUUGUGAAGCUUUCGCUGAAAACUGGCAGAGGAAGAGGCAGCAUCUUUGCAGCGCAAACCCUAUCCUGGUAUCCUCAAAGGCUUUAGUAGUACUGGAGAUGCGUGCCAUUGUCUUUAAGCUGGGUCUUUAAUUGCAACCUUUGUUGUCUUGUCUGCUGGUUUUCUUUGAGGUUUGCGGUCGAUUUAUUGUACGUUCGUGUUUUACAUUUGUAAGCCGCUUGGAGGCCCUCUCUCAAAAGAAAGCUGACUAGAAAGCUAUAAAUGGAUGGAUGGAUUGAAAUACAAGCAAGCAUCCCUGUUCGCGGGCGAAUAAGCCCUGCUGAUCGCAAGUGCCCAGAGGACUGCAGCCUUCCCUGCAAGUGAAAUCAAGCCGGGUGGCAAGGAGGCAAAACGGAGGGCUGCUGCCGGGGAGGGCUGAGAUGUGACGUGUGGGCGGGGAGGUGUUGGAAGAGGAAAGGACUGCGGAUCACAGGCGCCGGGAUGCCGAAGGAGCCCAGCAAGGAGCGGGCAGGGACGGGGGUGGCGUGUGGGAACGAGGGUCUGUCCUGGGGGCGCUCUCGGAGGGGACGAGGAGGAGGAGCGCCGGGACGCGGAGGCGGCGGCAGGCAGGAACAGCAGCCGCCGGCUGCCUUGAAAGUUUGCUGAGCGUCCUCGGGACAGCAGCACUCUGGAGCUCUGGCAGGAGCCGCUGCCGACAGACGGGAUCAAUCGGAGUUGGGCUGCUGGCGGGAAUUUGGAAGCCGGGAAGUGGCGAGAGUGGCCCUCGGCGGAGCGCAGCGCCUGAUGCCCGAAUAAAAAGCCAGGAUGGGGCAAGGAGGAGCCGCCAGAGCCCGAGGUCCUGGUGUCAAAGGAUGCUGACCUGCAACCAAUACAGAAGAAGCUGGAGACAGCCUUAAAAGAAUAUUCUGAAGGGCGUGACUUGGGCUCCUCCUUGUGGAAAACCAUUGGAAUGACACAUUCUUAAUUUAAAAAGCAGAUCAGUCCAAACCAUGAGUGUGGCUAGCACACCACACACUGCUCCCUUUCUGCAACAAGGAAUGGACCCUACAAUUGCCUUACAUUACAAUUAUACUGGAAAGCUCAUCCGGUUAAACCAAACAAAGGGCAUAUGCCCCGCUACCAUCGCAUUUCUAAUUAUCUGUAGUUUCAUCAUCCUGGAGAACCUGAUGGUAUUGAUUGCCAUCUGGAAGAACAACAGAUUUCACAAUCGCAUGUACUUUUUUAUCGGCAACCUAGCCCUCUGUGACCUCUUGGCUGGGAUAGUUUACAAAGUAAACAUCUUGAUGUCGGGAGAAAAAACCAUGACCCUGUCAUACAAAGUCUGGUUUGUACGGGAAGGCAGCAUGUUUGUGGCUUUGGGUGCCUCCACAUUCAGCUUAUUAGCGAUUGCUAUUGAGAGACACUUGACUAUGAUCAAAAUGAGGCCAUAUGACGCCAAUAAAAAGUACAGGGUCUUCCUCCUCAUUGGAACAUGCUGGCUUAUCUCAAUUUCCUUAGGUGCCUUGCCGAUCCUUGGCUGGAACUGUAUCGGUAACUUACCAGACUGCUCCACAGUUUUGCCCCUCUAUUCCAAGAAGUAUGUGGCCUUCUGUAUUAUCAUCUUCAUUGCCAUUCUGGUGGCCAUUGUCAUCCUCUAUGCUCGCAUUUACAUCCUGGUGAAGUCCAGUAGCCGCAACGUCACGAAUCAUAGCAAUUCGGAGAGGUCCAUGGCAUUGCUUAGGACAGUUGUGAUUGUGGUUGGGGUUUUCAUUGCCUGUUGGUCUCCCUUGUUUAUUCUGCUGUUGAUUGAUGUGGCCUGCAAAGUGAAGGAGUGUUUCAUUUUGUACAAAGAGAACUGGUUCAUUGCCUUGGCAGUCCUCAAUUCAGCCAUGAACCCCAUCAUCUACACUCUAGCAAGCAAAGAAAUGCGUCGGGCUUUCUUCCACCUUGUUUGUGGCUGCCUGGUGAAGGCCAAAGCCACAAUGGCUUUGCCCAUCCAGCCCUCCCUGGAUCAGAGUCGAAGCAAGUCCAGCAGCAGCAAUGCACAGAAACCAAAGGAGGCAUACCCUGAGGUGAAAGUUCCUUCGUCUGCAGUCAAUGCCAAUGAAUCUUCAUUUCAUAAUGGAAACUUCUGCAAGUGAAGUCUGCUAACUCUGCAAGCCACAAAUUCUUCUGUGGCUUUUCAGAAGUCGCUUUGGUGGGGUUUCGUGCACUUAAAUCACAGGGGGAAACACUAAGCAUUUGGUUCAUUUCAAGUGCCUGUUUUUAGCACAAACCAUUUUGGACGGUUUUUUAGUUCCAUGAGAGAGUUGGCUCAGGAAAGCUCUUUCAAUGUCUGUGUAAGGAAAAAUGGCACAUUUGACAUGGAUUUUCUUGAUGCAGUUUGAUGGAAUAGAGCGACAAUGCCGAAACACAUUAUGGCAGGUUAUUUUACAUCAUGAAAUCCUAUCUUCACCCACCAGUAUCUUGCAAGGCUCGCAACUCUUGAGGUCCUGUGUGAGGUUUUCCCCCCAUCUCCCUCCAGCCUUCUUCUCAACCACCUCCUCCAUUCCUCAGACUACCUCCCUGACUACUAUGCAGACACCCUCUCUCGUCUAUAAACUCUGUUGAGACUUCUUUCCUACUCAAGCUGACCUUUCAUUCCCUUCACAGCAGCUGGACUGUUUAGCUGACCCGUCCCACAACAGUUAGAAUAUUUGUAAACCCCUUUUUGUCAUCAUGGUUGCUCUGGCAGUGUGCUAGAAGGAGCUCAGAGGCAGAUCAGUCAUCCAGUCUUAAGCAGCCUGUAUGUUUUGUAUGUAUGUAUGUAUGUAUGUCAGCUGCCCACAUGAAAUAUUAUUGUUCACCAGGCACUGCAGAUGCUCAACGAAAUGGUGUAUCUCUGCACUCCUGUUCAAAGUUAAGAGGGAGAUUAUUUCUAAUCUUUCAGUGUGCAUUAUCCACAAACCCACCCACCCCUUGUGUAUCUCUUUAUUUUGUUAAUGGAUUCACACUGCAGGAUUUAUUCCCAGAUUCUGAGAUUUGCCGAGCAACCAAUUAGCAUUUAGUAGGAUGGAACAUUCUGGUUGCCAUGCCAGUGUGGUGGCAUCUUUCACAAUGGCAAGAGUUUACACUAUCUUAUGCUAUAACCACAUUACUCUGUGAAAUAUAGGAGAUUUAAAAGGUACCAUAAGCAGUUAAGCUUCAGAUACUUCUAAGACAUAUGGAACUGUACUUCAUGGAAGAUGUGUUGGAGAGAAGACAUUCGCUGUUGCACCAACCCAGUAUUCUGCCUUGCAAUCAUCAAUGCAAACUUCCUGUAAAAGUAGUGAAACAUGGCAGUUAUGAGUAGAAGCAAUUUCCAUUUUAUUCUUUGAUGUUUUGAUUUUAAAGUGAUAAUUGUUUACUGUCAUGGAAUCUCUUUUUUAUUAUUUAAUAUAGUUUAGUGUUCAGCUGAAAUAUGUGAUGUGGAAUUACAAUAUCAUGUGUAUGCUUUUUUUCUAAUCAAUGGGCCUAUAUUUUAUUAUGCUCUUUAAAAGUUAUUUAAAAAUGGAUCCGACCUGUGUUACUGAAGGGCCAUCCAUGAGCAAGGGAAAAGAACGACAUGAUGGCAUUGUCUGCCCAAAAAUAUAGCAUAGGGAAAGUCAGAUGGCGAGAAAAGAAGUGGUUCGCAAGCUAAUGAAGCCUUACAAAUUCACAAAUCCCAUUGAAUGUUAAAGCUCCUUGAAACUGCACCAACUCAGAUUGCAAUGUUGUAAACCACUGGUAGAUAUUUUCUGUUCACUCAGUUGUAAGAUUGACAUCCUUCUUAUCGUGACUAUCUGUUCACUAAUUUGUUCCUGCCCUACAUGGUUUGUGUUGGGAGGAAGUGGGGGAGGGGGAAAAUGGGGUCCACAUACACUGGCUGGCAUAGAGAGCAAAGAUAUGCUGGUGUAGCAAAAGAACAGCCUAACUAUUUCCCAGCUAACUGCACUGGUAUAGCAGGGAAUGGCCCAUUUUUGACACAACGCACAGUCCCGGAGUAAUAAAGGCUAGGGUUGCCAUAUUCUGGCUUUCCGAAUCUGGGUGCCUAAUCUGCAUAUUAUGUAAAUUGGCCUGAAAAUAAUUUUUGAGCAGAAUAGUGACUGCACAUUUUGCUUUAUAACUUCACUUCUACAAGGGCUAGAGCUCAGCUUUUAAAAAAGAAAGAAAGCUGGAAUCUAAGUGGGCUAAGCAAUCUGGGUGAGAUGCUUAAAAUCUGGGUGAAACCUGGAAUUUCGGGGGGCAUGGCAACUCUAUAAAGGCUCCAUGUGGCACUGCAGUGAAGCCCCAAGACAAGCCCCCAACGUUUUUAAAACCGGCAGCUAUGGAAGCAGCGUUACCCUGUUUAUCCCAAUUGUCACAAAUGGAAAUAAAUGCUGUAACUCUGCUCCUGCAGUCACCAAAUUCUUUAAAAGUUGGGGCUUAUCUUUCAGCUGCACAGCGACUUACAAUUCCAUUAGACUGUGCAUCAUGGCAACUGGGGAGCCUACCUUUGGAAACAACAUCAGCAUAAUAGAAGAAGGAACCAAAUGGGAUGCAUGACAACAUCAUGUAUAUAAUUAGCUGAUCAGACAUUUUCCAUGCAGCCUACUGUUUGUCUUACAACAGCAGCAGUUCAACAUUCAUUGACUGAACCACCCCCCUCAGCUGCUGAAAACUUCAUAAGCAACGUUUGACCUUGCAGCUGCUCUGUCUGGGGACUGCAGAUGGGCGAUAACCACUUUCUACAUUUCUUAUACUUAAAUGGAGUUCUCUUUGAGAUAGUGAAAGGUGUGAAAAGGAAUGACUUGUGCAAUGUCUUGCCAGAAUUAUUUGAAGAAUUCUUUACUAGAGUGACAGAUGGUGACAAAGGGAGUCUACAAAAGCUUUGUAUACAAGGAGCACCCUUGUCAGACAGUGAGGUCUUUCACACAACCUCAUUGGGGAGGGCAGGUGGACGUGGGGAAGACAAGAACUUGCCUGCCUUCCCUGGCAGAUGAGUGGGCACCGGCUUCCUCUCCACUACACCACACACACACCCAAGUUGUGGCAAAGAGAAAUGCUAGGAGCAGAAAGACUCCCCCCUCCUGCAUCCCAGAAUGCCCUGGGGCACAAGUGCGGUGGCCAGUCAACCACCAGCCAAGGUUAAGCAAACCACAGGUUCCAUUAACCUCGGCUAAACACGGGGUUUAAAAGUGAGGCUUGGUGUGGGGGCAGUGCUGGGAGCGACCGCUCUCACAGUGCUUCAUACACGCAGCCUAACCCAGGCUGGGCUGCCCUAGUCUAGGUUAGGCUGCGUGUGUGAAUAUCUUUAGUGUCUCAUUCAAAAGGAUUGAAAAUCCAUGUCUAGAGGCAAGAUCCGGAGCACAUGUAAGUGGAACGGAAUCCCCUUAAAAUCAAUAGGACUGACUAGCACUCAGUGCUACAAUCAGGGUCGCUUGCAUGUAGCUAGAGUCCUCAUGUUGUGCUUUCCCUGUCGAAUGCCUAUGGCAGAAAUGCUCGUUAAAAGAACAGUUUGCCUAUUCUUUUUAAUUCUACAUUCAACAAUCUUGGAAACAAGUCAAUACAUGGACUUUUCCCAUCUCUGUGCACAGAUGAUGCUGAAACUGUGAAAAGAUACCGGACAGUAUAAAGUGAUGAACUGCUACGAAAUAAAAAUUGCUUAAAUCCAUGAACACGCUAGUUGAACAAAAAGUAUCAUUUUAAGGGUGCUCAGAUUGUAGAUAUGAACUGAGUUGUGGAUGUAUAUUGCUAGGUACUCUUGAAGUGUUCCAUUAUGUUGUUAUACAUUAAACGUACCGUGUUGUAUUGCAUGACUUAC